CGACAGGCGGAGACCAUACAAACGUACAUAGUGGCAGCACAUAUACGCGAGAGAAGAAAAAUGUCUCGAACCGAAGAGGUCAACAAGAUGACAGAAAAUGUCUACAAGGGGAUUUUGGACCAGUUCAACCCCAGUCUGAAGAACUUUGUGACCAUGGGGAAACACUAUGAGAAAGCUCUGACAGGAGUAACCGUGGCUGCCAAGGGGUACUUUGAUGCCCUGGUGAAACUUGGAGAACUGGCGAGUGACAGCCAAGGCUCCAAAGAGCUGGGGGACACACUGUUUCAGAUGGCCGAGGUACACAGACAGAUUCAGGUGCAGCUGGAAGACGUGCUGAAACUGUUUCACUCUGAGCUGCUCGCCCAGUUGGAGCAGAAACUGGAGCUGGACAUCAAAUACCUCACUGCCACUUUAAAGAAGUACCAGAGUGAGCGGAGAUCUAAAUCUGAGUCUAUCGAGCGCUGCCAGUCGCAGCUCAAGAAACUCCGCAGGAAGAGUCAGGGCAGUCGUCACCCGAACAAAUAUGGAGACAGAGAGAUGCAGUUUGUGGAGUUGAUGAGUCGUCGCCAAGGCGAGCUGGACGCGCUGGUCGCCACAGGUUACAGGUCAGCGCUCACUGAGGAGAGGAGACGAUACUGCUUCCUGGUGGACAGACAGUGUUGUGUCACCAAACUGCUCAUCAACUACCACUCCAAGGUGAGAGAGCUUCUGUCUCAGAAACUGUCAUCUUGGCAGCAGUCAUGUUCUCAACCGACAAAACUCCCAGAGCGCGCUCUGAAUCUGCUGCGUCACACUGCGCCUCAAAGCUCAGGGGCUGCUGGGAUAGCCGAGGUUCUCCGGCACACCAAGCUCGGCUCUGCUCAGCCAGAACAGAGGCUCUCUGUUCAGGAAGUCCCUCCUCUGUUGAACGGAGACUCCAGUCGCUCCCAGCAGCAGCAGCGCUCACUCCCCUCCACCUCUCAGAGUGACACCUGUCCUCCUCAGGGUUCCCCCCAGACUUUCCGCACUGCGUCAUCCACUGGAGGAGCUGCUGGAGGUUCUUCACAAGGAGCUUCUCCUCAGCACACCAGCACACCCCUCAGUGCAUCAGCCAGCCCCCUCCCUGACAGCAGCGCCAGCGGCAGCGUCAGCAUCAGCCCGGCUGCAUCCACUCCCUCCACGUCCAGUGGCUCGGCCCAGCAGAGCUCUCUCCUCCUGGCCACCAACACGUCCAACCUCUCCCCGAGCCUCAUCCCCUCCACUGUGAUGUCGCUCAGCCAGAUCUCCCCUACCAGCAGCUCCUUGCAUGGCAUGACCCUCCCCAUCGCUCACAGUGCUCCGCACAGUGCUCCUCACAGUCCUCCGCUGCCUCACAGCGCGCCUCUCUCCAGGGCCAUGACUCCUGUGCAGCUACUGCACCAGCAGGUGGGACCAGGAGGGAGCAACACUUCAUCACCAUCACAUAAUCCCUGGCUGUUGAAGACUGCAGACAUGUGCGCUACAGCAACACUCCCCCUGCCGAGGAGACCUGUCAGUGAAAUGAGGCUGGGUGGCUUUCAGGGCUCCAGUCUUCCCAGGAUGCUGCCCUUAUCUGGACCUACACGUGUGGAAGCCAUGUUUCCUCACGCUCCAGGAGCAUCGGAGGGCGGAGGAGUAGGGGGUGGGGCUUGCUUACUGCACUUCCAGCCUGGCGACAACAUCGCCCUGCUCAUCUCUGAGCCCAGAGAUGGGUGGCACUAUGGUCAAAAUGAACGGACUGGACGGAAAGGCUGGUUCCCUUUCUCCUACACUCAGCCACAACACAGCAAGAUGGAUCACCUCGAGAGCUCUCUCUUCUUAUCUAAAGCUAACAGCACCAGUACCGGCCAGCUCGACAAGCUGGUGUCUACAGGUCUCCCAGCCCUCACCCCUGAGUCAGAGGAGGAGCGCUCCCUUCCUCCCCAGAGGGUCAGCACCUUCCGCCCGCGCCCGUACAGCAUGGCCGACAGCAACAAGAUCACCUCAGAACUGACCUCUCCACCACCCUCCCCAACCAGGCCCAAUCCAUUUGCCCAUGUACGACUCAGAAAAACUGUGACCAACGAUCGCUCAGCUCCCAUUAUUGAGUAAGUGGUUGAUUCCCACAGCAGCGAUCCGGUUUCCUGUUCUCUGUCAGUCCUCUGUCAAGCCUCAGGUUGAGUCCUGGAAGCGGCACAUUGGCUCAUGUUGACUCUUUUGAAUAGUACUUUACUUAUAUUUUUUUUGCAGUUUAAUCAAAUACAGAUUGUGUUUCAUGUGCAGGAUUAGAACAUUUUAAAAUCAAAGUAUAAAAGGGUUCAUGUGUAAAGCAUGUUAAAUAUGAUCACUGUCCAUUCACUGUUUAAGGUAGUUAACGGGAGAACGUAGAAGCAGGACCACUGUGAUAUCUGAAAAUUCUGUUUGAGUGAAAUAUGGGCAGUAAAA